AUGACUACACUUCUCCCCUUUCAAAAGCACAUUAUCGAUGAGUUCCACUCUCCAAACACCAGCGAGCUCCUCAUCCUCGCACGCGGACUCGGCCUCCGCAAGAUCCUCUGCACCCUGCUCAAGAUAUACGACUCGCCCUCGUCGCUUGUACUCCUCGUGGGUGCAUCACCGGAGGAAGAAGUGGGAAUUGGGGAGGAGCUGGGUGUGAUGGGUGUGAGGAGACCGGGGUUGAGGGUCGUAGACUACGAGAUGCCUCGUGCAGAGAGGAGGGAGAUGUACAAAGCUGGUGGACUCGUCAGCGUCACCAGCCGCAUCUUGGUGGUGGACAUGCUUCAACGUGACAUUCCAGUAGACAAAAUAACUGGGAUGGUCGUUCUUCAUGCAGAAAAAGUCUCACCCACAAGCACCGAAUCAUUCAUCGUCCGCUUAUUCCGUGAAUCCAAUCCAUCCGGAUUCCUCAAAGCCUUCAGCGGCGAGCCCGAAUUCUUUCAGUCUGGCUUCUCUCCUCUCCGGAGCGUGAUGAAAGAGCUGCGAAUUUCUAUCGUCCGCCUCUACCCGCGCUUUCACGAAUUAGUCCAGGAAAGCCUGAGUAAGCGCACGGCGGAUGUAGUGGAGAUAUAUCAGCCUAUGAGCGAGAGCAUGCGCGAGAUUCAUCGGUGUAUUACCGAGUGUAUGGAAGCUACGUUGGGGGAGAUCAAGCGGAGUCACACUACCCUGGAUCUAGACGACCUAACAGUGGAGGCGGCCUACUUCCCCUCCUCCUCAAACCUCAUCCGACAUCUGCUCGAUCCCGUCUGGCACAGGGUCGGCCCCCGCACGAACCAGCUCGUCAAAGACCUUGCUGAGUUGCGCAGACUCCUGCGUUUCCUACUGGCUUACCCACCUAUCACCUUCCUCAAGUACCUCGAAAGUAUCGUCGCGAGCAAUACUGUCUCCGAGACGGGAGCGGCAAAGGUGCACCAGAGCCCGUGGUUGUAUAUGGAUGCGGCGAACUCGAUGAUUGUCACCGCGAAGGUAAGGUGCUAUACAUUGACCGAGAAGGCAAAAUCGAAGGGGACGAUUACGGCAGCAGCGGUGGACGGGCAUGAACCACACGACGACGAACUGGACGUGCUGGACGAGUGGGAAGGGUUGCAGGGGCGCACAAAGAAACCGGGCAAGGUGAGGCCGAAGUGGCUCCCGGAGGGGAUGACACCUGUGUAUGAGGAACUUCCGAAAUGGGACUUACUCAGACGCGUACUGCUCGAGAUUGAGGAGAUUAUGGUGCAAAAUCCAUACCCGGCCCAUGCACCGGGAACAAACCUCGUCCUAAUCAUGGUACAAGACCAUAAAACCUGCGCCCUCCUCCGAGAAUACCUCACCUCCCUCCCCCAAACCUCUUCAUCCUCUGAGGUCGACCCAGAAAACCCACCGGGAAAGAAAAUGUUAGACAACUACUUGCGAGAGUACGUUUUCUGGAAGGGGAGAGGGUUGAGGCAUACGAUGCAGGCCAAGAAGGAGCUUGGGAAGGGCCUUGCAGGUGGUGGGGGACUGAGGCGUGUUGCUCCUGGGGCUCCGGAUGCGCCUGAAAGUGCAGACCGUGCUGGGGCAGAUCGAGAAAAUGGAGUGAGCGAGGCCCUGUUGAAAAAGGACAAGCUGAGGGAGCGGGUGAUACAUCAACGACGGAGGAUGAGAGGGGGAAAGCCGCCCGAACCCGUGGGCAGGAGUAUCCUUAGAGGCGGCGCGGCGGCUGAGGAGGUCAAGAUGGAGGAGGAAGCUGUGGAGCUUGAGGAGUUUAUCGAUGCGACCCAUGCCUCCCCACCACCUUUGACACUCAACACCAUGUCUGAGGAAGACAUCGUGUCCUUAGUGGACCGGAUCGACAGUGCAUCCUUCGACCAAGACUUCGGCAUAAUCCCCGACGAGCAAAUCGUUCUCAUCCGCGCGUAUGGGGACGACAGUGAUGAUCUCCUGCUCGCCGAGCUCCAACCGCGCUGGAUCAUCAUGUACGAGCCUGAUCAAGCGUUCAUCCGCCGCGUGGAAGUAUACCGGUCUUCCCACCCUGGACUGGCUGUGAGAGUAUACUUCAUGGUGUACGAGAUGACGAGUGAGGACUAUAUGUACCUCGCAAGUCAGCGCAGGGAGAAGGACGCGUUUGCAAAGUUGAUCGAGGAGAGGGCGACGAUGUUGAACCCAAUACUGGAACAGCCAACGCGGGCUGGCACCAAUGAUCUGAUCAAGACGAUCAGCUCUCGGAUCGCGGGUGGGGGAAAUGUUGUCAAUUCAGAGCCGACAAGGAUUAUCGUUGACAUGCGCGAGUUCCGCUCCAGCCUGCCAUCCCUCCUGCAUGCCACCAACAUCCAGAUUGUUCCUGCUACCUUGACGGUCGGCGACUAUGUCCUCACCCCCGAUAUGGUCGUCGAGCGCAAGAGCGUGCCUGAUCUGGUUCAGAGUUUCAACAGUGGCCGGCUGUAUACCCAAUGCGAACUUAUGUCUGUACACUACAAACAGCCCAUCCUACUCAUCGAGUUCGAACAGGACAAGUCAUUCUCUUUGCAGACGAUCUCAGAAACUCGAUCUCAGGCCAAGACAACCAAGCCCAACCAACCAGCAGAAUUCAACACCCCUGACAUGUCGUCGAUCCAGGCCAAGCUGGUUCUCCUCACGCUUGCCUUCCAUCGUCUAGGAAUCAUCUGGUCGUCCUCUCCAUUUGCAACAGCGAAGAUAUUCGCGGAUCUUAAGAUGAACCACCCUGAACCAGACCCGUCCCGGGCGAUACAGAUUGGCGCGGAAGAGGGCGGGGGGAGCAUGGCGGAAGGUGGAUGGAACAAUCAAGCGGAAGACCUCGUUCGUUGUUUCCCAGGUAUCACGAGCAAGAACGUGCGAUAUGUAAUGGGGAAGGUGGCCAGUGUGAAAGAACUGUGCAAGCUCAGCAAGGAGGAGAUGGAAAGCUUGCUUGGGACGGACGGCGGUAAACAAUGUUACAACUUUGUACAUCGUGGUACUCGGAAGGAGAAGGGUGCGUAAGUGUUUAGGUGUAUCAUUAGACAAAAGCUUUGGUUGUAUUGCAUACUUUAUAUUAUUAUAUUCC